AUGCCGCCGAAGAAGAAGCGCGAGGUGGAGGAGGGCGGCGUCGCCGACCUCCCCGCGGCGGACGAAGCCGGAGACGGCACCCGAGAUUCAAACGACGACGCGAUCGAGGCGACGACGCCCGCGAAGAAGAAGCCCGCGAAGAAGAAGCCCAAGGUUGAGCUCCCGGACGUCAUCCCCCAGUCCGACGCGCCCCGCGCCGAACCCCCGGGCUCGACCCCGCCGGGCGCUAAGCGUUUCAAGGCCAUCUCCUGGAACGUCGCCGGUCUCAGAGCUCUGCUCGACAAGAACUCGCACACGCUCAGGCGCAUCGCCGACGUCGAGAGCCCCGACGUCAUCUGCGUCCAGGAGCACAAGCUGCAGGACGUGCACGUGAACGACGCGGUGAGAAGGCUGGGGGAGAUACUGCCCGAGUAUCGCACGGUCAAGUUCGCGGUGUCCACGGCCAAGAAGGGAUACAGCGGCCUGCUAAGUGUCGUGGAGGGCAUGGGCGACUUUCGUUGCGGGUACACGGACGAAGGGAGGGUGCUGACCCUGGAGUUCGACGCGUUCACCAUGGUGUUCACGUACGUGCCCAACAGCGGACAGAAACUCGAACGGCUGGAGUACAGGCUUAAGAAAUGGGACGUCGACUUCAGGGCGUACCUGGCACACCUCGACGGGGAGACGAGGGGAAAGCCGGUCAUCGUCGGCGGCGACCUCAACGUCGGGCACCUCGACGAAGACAUCUACAACGUCGACGCGCCGCACACGAAGAAGCAGUGCGGCCUAACCCCGGAGGAGCGUUCGAGCUGGACGCGAACGCUGGAGUCGGUAAAGUUGGUGGACACGUUCCGGGCGUUUCACCCGAACGCGCGCGGGUGGUACUCGUACUGGAGCGGCCGCGCGGGGAACAAGCCGAGGAACCGGGGGUUGCGACUGGAUUACUUCGCGGCGAGCGAGCGCAUCAUGUCAUCGGGACGUGAUGGGGGCGGGGUUCGGGUGGUGGACUCGUUCGUGCUGGACAAGCUGGUGGCGGAGGCGUCGGACCACGCGCCGGUGGGGAUCACCCUGGCGCUGGAUUAA